AUGACCGCAGAAACACUAUCGCUCGCUGGCAAGGUAGCAAUCGUGACCGGCUCGGGCCGCGAGCCAGGACUCGGUGCUGGCAUUGCGACAGCCCUCGCCCGCAAUGGCGCUUCCGUGGUGCUCAAUUACGUGAGCGAUUCAACGGCACCAAAAGCCGAAGCCCUAGCGGCACGACUCAAGACCGAGUGGGACGCCAAGGCGGUUCCCAUCCAGCAGGACAUUGAGUCCGAAGAGGGUGCCAAGGGCCUUGUUGAGAAGACGUUGGCAGUAUUUGGGACCGACCAUAUUGACAUUCUAGUGAAUAAUGCCGGUUGCAACCUGCCUGGUUCAACGCUCGAAACGCCACUAGAGAACAUUCAUACGCAAUUCUCCAAGAACGUCUUCGCAGCGAUCUAUGUCGUACGCGCCGUGGUUCCUCACAUGCCUAAGGGUGGUCGCAUCAUCAACAUCAGCAGCGUUUCAUCCAAGACUGGCAUCACCAGCCUGCCAUUCUACAAUGCGUCCAAGGCGGCUCUGGACUCGUUGACGCAUACCUGGGCUGGGGAGUUUGGGCGCGCACAUGGGAUAACUGUCAACACAGUCGCUCCGGGACCCAUCGUGACGGAUGAGAUGAACAAGUUCGCGCGGGACAACCCGGAUGGGUUUAAGGCAAUUCAACAAAUGAUCGAUGCGACCAAGGCUGCAGAUCGGUUGGGCGAGAUUAGGGAUGUCGCGGAUGCAGUGUUGCUGCUGGUCCAGGAGAAGUCGCGAUGGAUCACCGGGCAAUAUAUUGAUGUCAGUGGUGGAAUUACAGGACAUUGA